GAUGAAAUUCUGGUUCCCUCCUGCUAACUGGAUGAGAUUUCCGUGCAUCCAAACAUACCUUUUGGGAGCAUUACAUUCCCGCCUGAAAGGAACAGGUAUAUAUCUCGACAGAACUGGAUGCCAGCGAGGAAGGUGGGGAAGGGAUGUCGGUGCCGACAGCUCUGUUUUUCUUUUCCGUUUUCUUUUUUUUUGGUUUGAAGGUAGGGAAGGGAUGUGUGGGGAGGUGGCCAGAAGUCAAAUUUUGGGGGGAAAAAUUAAUAAUAAUCACACCAAACAAAACGACGUCCUUUCAGUCAAAACGACGUCGAGCGCGGCAGGAAGGGCCGCAGGGAAGUGCGGCCGAUGAUCCGGACUCUCAUAUAUCGACUAUUUCAUCUCCGUCUAUCACUCCUUGGAAGUUCAUUUCUCUCUCUCUCUCUGAGCUUCAAUGGCUGACUCUGUCUCUAAUCUCGUGUCUGCAAUUGGUAUUUGAAUUUGUGGAAUUAGAUCUGUAACUAUGGGGGAUCUGAAGAGAUGGUCCGUGACCUACACGAAGCACUUUAAGCAAAAGCGCAAAGUCUAUCAAGAUGGCUUCUUAGAGCUUCACAACUCAACCCACAAGAUCAUGCUCUACGACGAUUGUGAGAAACUCCUGGAUAGCAGGAAUGUGAAGAAAGACGAUGUUGUCAGAUCUGGUGAAACACUGGCAUUCGAUGCUUAUCUUGUUGACAUCGGGGAUACUGAUGGAGAUCAUAAGCCAGUGCCUAAUUUGAAUUUUCAGGGAAGAGAUGAGAAAAUUACUAAGAAAGCUGGGUUGUUUAAUGGGCAUAAAGUCGAGCAUAAUUCAGAUCCUAUUGGAAGCGGGAAACUGAAUUCGGGGAAGAAUAAAGCACCAUCAUCAAGAAAUCUAAGCCCAUCACAAAAAAUUAUUAGAGAAUUCAAGAAGAAUGAAAUCAACAAGUACAGUUCACCGAGGAAUUGUCCAGAUUCUACAAAAGCCAGCCAUUCUGAAUGGUAUGUGCUGUAUACUACACAAAUAAUUCAAAAGCUCAAGAAGUAUCACGAUGGAAUCUUAAGAGUCGCAAUUUGUGGAUCCCAAGGGAGGCAGGUUACACUGUAUGAUGUGAGCAGGAGACUCUUAGAUGUUAGGUUCCUUAAGAAGGAAGAAGUGAUUGGAUCUGGUGAAUCACUAGCUUUUGAUGGUCAUUUGGUUGACAUUGGAGAACCUGAAGGAGACAAUAAGCCUGUAAUGGACUUGAAAGUUCAAGAAAAAAAUUGCACAGCAGGUGACAAAACAGGAUUAUCGCAUGGACAACAGGCCCAGCAUAAUUCAUCUGUUGAUAAUGGAAAUUCUUGUUCAAGUAACAGUGUGUCACAACUGCGUUGUCUUAAAGCUGUUAAUACAUCCAUGAGAGAAUGGAAUGCUCUAUACACUACUCAGAUAACUCAGAAGGCUAAGAAGUACCAUAGUGGUAUCCUCAGGCUAGCCUCUUGUGGUUCCUUCCAGAUGCAGGCUACUUUACUGAAUGAAGAUGGAACCAUUCUGAGCCGUAAAUAUCUCAAGUUAUCCGAAAAUGUGACAAGUGGGAGUACAUUUGAACUGCCAAAAUAUUUGGUAGAGGUUGGUGAGCCACGGACAAAUCUUGAAGAAAAACUUCCAAAAAAUGCUUUUUCAGAAAAAGAUGUGGCUUCAAAUCUUACUAGCUUUGAUGUUGACGAUUUCAAAUUGGGUAGGAGAGUCCCUACAGACAUGCCUUUACGUGAUGCCAAUGAAAUUUUGACUAUUCUGAGAAAACCUAUGACUAAGGGGGGUCACGUGCCCAUAACAAGCGCAUCAUUGGAGCAUUGUCAUGCUUCACAAUCUCCAGAAUUUAUUCAGUUUGGUCUUCAGAAUCAGGUAGAGAGACAUCUUGUGCAAGAAUCCAAUUGUGAGAGAAAUGAAGCAGACAAUCAUGAUGAAGGAACUGGCAAAAAGCAUAACCCAGUAGCACUUCAUGAUGAUAUCAGAAUUGAGAUUAUCAAAUCGGCAGACUCUGAGAAAAGAGGAGAGUCACAGCUCAAACAUUUUACUCCAUCAAGUUCCUCUAUGCGAUCGGGAGCAUCCAAAGUCUCAAGUUCCAAUUCUGAAGCAGAGCGCACUGACAAGAUCAUGUUGAAGCCAGUUUCAUUUAUUGAGAAGCCUCAAGUUGUGGACGUUCUUAAGCUAACUUGUCCUGAUGAUUUGCAACCACCAACUGCAUCAGUGCCACAGGAUGGUACAAACAGAAAUAUGGAAGACGAUUCCCUCAAAUUAAUGUCGUCGAAAGCUAAACCUAGCUCCCAUGGUGACCCAUUCUCCGAGGAACUGAAAAUUGAAACUUCACCCCAGCCUAAUGAAGAAAGCUUGGAAAUUCUCACUAGACAGCAUGAAGGAGCUUUUUUUUCUUGUGGUAUAGAGAAUUCAAGCGGCUGUAUAUCUCAUGAGCCCAGCGAUAUUGGAAAGAAGAGUUCCGAGGUGUACAAGAGCACAAGAAAAAUGGAUGAAAUCCCAAGUUUCGAUCUUGGAUUUUGAACAAGGCCGCUUCAUCCUUUUUAACAAUAUUAAUACCGGUGCCCUAUUAUUUCAGCGUGCCCUAUUAUUUCAGUGUUGAUAUACAUGGAUGGAAUAUUGGAUACAGAGAGAGCGAUGAAUUCAAGUAGCAAAUCAACAAUCUGUUGUGAAGCAAAAACAAUAUAAAAAGCAUGUUAUGUUAUCAACUGAUAUGCUCCUUGCAAUGCUUCUUCUUUAGCCUCUCUAUUGUUAUAUAUGUAUCUUUAUAGUCUCC